GUUUAGAUAGCUGUAUUCAUCAUCAGCAGAAAAGACACAUCUCAAGACAGUCGAGAGGCUGAUGUUCGCGGCCACUCAGUCCCACACUCACCAUGGCUUGGACCAAAUAUCAGUACUUUCUCGCCGCUUUGAUGCUCAUCACAGGCUCUGUUAACACACUAUCCGCAAAAUGGGCUGAUUUGUUCUCUGCACCUGGAUGUUAUGGUUCCCCAAAUCAUGGCUUCUCCCACCCUUUUGUACAGGCUGUGGGAAUGUUUUUGGGAGAGUUGUCCUGUCUGGUGGUGUUCCACAUUCUCCUUUGUCAUGAUCGGCGCAAACCUGAGCCCACGAUGGAUCCGGGCCAAAGUUUUAACCCCCUACUUUUCCUCCCCCCUGCCCUUUGCGACAUGCUGGGCACAUCCAUCAUGUAUGUUGCACUGAACAUGACCAGUGCCUCCAGUUUCCAGAUGCUGCGAGGAGCUGUGAUCAUCUUCACUGGACUGUUGUCUGUAGCGUUCUUAGGACGGCGGCUGCAACCCAGCCAGUGGAUUGGGAUCCUAUUCACCAUCCUUGGUCUGGUGGUGGUUGGCCUGGCUGAUUUUGUGAGCGGCCAUGGAGAUGACUCCCAUAAGCUCAGUGAGGUUAUCACAGGGGACCUUUUGAUCAUCAUGGCACAGAUUAUUGUUGCAGUCCAGAUGGUCCUGGAGGAGAAGUUUGUUUACAAGCACAAUGUGCAUCCACUGAAGGCUGUUGGGACUGAAGGUUUUUUUGGAUUUGUCAUCCUCACUUUGCUCCUCAUCCCAAUGUUCUACAUCCAUGUGGGAAGUUUUGCAGACAACCCACGGCAGGUCCUUGAAGACGCAUUAGACGCCUUCUGUCAGAUUGGCCAUAAGCCCCUUAUUUUACUGGCACUGCUGGGCAACACAGUGAGCAUCGCCUUCUUUAACUUUGCUGGCAUCAGUGUCACCAAAGAAAUAAGUGCCACUACUCGCAUGGUGCUGGACAGUCUGCGUACUCUGGUCAUCUGGGUCAUGAGUUUACUGCUGGGCUGGGAGGUAUUCCACGGCCUACAGAUUUUAGGCUUCAUCAUCCUACUCGUGGGUACAGCACUAUAUAAUGGACUCCACAAGCCCUUGAUGGCCAAACUGCCCUGCUUCCCUGGAGAGCAGAGAGCAGAGGAGGGAGAAGCCCCAGAGAGAGAGAGACUGCUUGGUGCAGGGACAGCUGCAAAUGAGAGCUAAUAUUGGAUUUUAAACAAAAUGCUGCCCACAAAGCAUUUCAGUUUUAGUUUUAACUGUUAUUUUCAUUUUAAGAAAAGAAUUGUAUUUUUGUAUUUUUGUUUUAGAGUUUGAUUCAACACUUAGGGAACCAUCACUACUACUACUACUACUACUACAGCCAUCUUUUUGGGCAUGUCUCAAAAAAAAAAAGACCGUUGAAUGCACAUUUUUACUUUAGAAAAGGGAAUCAUUUUUGCAUGAUUUUAAUGCCAAAAACCCUUAAAAUAACAUCUAAAAGUUUUUAAUCAUGUGAUUUAUAGGUUUUAAAACAAUUUGCUUGUUUUUUUUACAUGAUGUGCUGUUGUUUGAAGGACAUUAUUUCUCUAAUCGUUUUAUCUGAGUAAUAUUUUUAGCAAUCUGUGAAACGGGUAUUGUGUACUGACAAGAAAAUCUUCUGUUUGUCCAUGUAAAUUUGGUUUUUAAAAAUAUGGAUGUAUCGCUGUGUUUGCUGUCAGUAAAUAUCACAAUGUU